UUUGCCCAGCAAUGGUACUCUCCACACAGAGAUGGCAUUGGCUCAGGGUCUGUAUGGCAUUCCAAGCUGCAGGCUGGACUCCUUCGUGGUUCGGUGGCUGCAGCCCAGCCGGAAGUGGAAAGAAGAGGUGCUGGAAGCCGUGGCCGGCGUGGAGAAGUUCCUGAGGCAGGAGUCCUUCCAUGGGGAGCACCAGCUGCAGGACCAGGAGGUGCGGGUUCUGAAGGUGGUCAAGGUGGGCCCCUUCGGGACCGGCACGGCGCUCAGGGGCACUGCCGAAGUGGAGCUGGUGGUGUUCCUGAGCUGUUUCCGCAACUUCCGAGAGGAGGCCAAGCACCAUGCAGCGGUUCUGAGACUGAUACAGACGAAAAUGUGGCAUUGCCAGGAACUGCUGGCCCUAGGGCUCAGGGACCUGAGGGUGGACGAGGGAGUCCCCGAAGCUCUCACCUUCACCAUCCAGACCAGGGAGACGGCAGAGCCCAUCACCGUCACCAUUGUGCCCGCCUACAGGGCCCUGGGUCCCUCUGUUCCCAACUCCCUGCCACCCCCCGAGGUCUACGUGAGUCUGAUCAAGGCCUGUGGCCACCCUGGAAUCUUCUCCCCCUCCUUCAGCGAGCUGCAGAGGGACUUCGUGAAACACCAGCCAACCAAGCUGAAAAGUCUCCUGCGGCUGGUGAAGCACUGGUACCAGCAGUACGUGAAAGCCAAGUGCUCCAGGACCAAUCUGCCCCCGGACUAUGCCCUUGAGCUCCUGACCAUCUACGCCUGGGAAAACAGCACUGAGUUGGAGACCUUCAGGAUGGAGGAGGGCCUCACCACAGUGAUGGAGCUGCUGCGGGACGUCCGGUUCCUCUGCAUCUACUGGACCAAGUACUACACGCUGCAGAAUCCCGUCAUCGAGGACUGCGUCAGGAAACAGCUCAAGGCGGACAGGCCCAUCAUCCUGGACCCGGCUGACCCCACCCUCAACGUGGCAGCUGGCUACAGAUGGGACAUUGUGGCCCAGCGGGCCUGCCAGUGCCUGAAACAGGACUGCUGCUAUGACAGCAGGGAGAACCCGGUCCCCAGCUGGAACGUGAAGUGUGCCCAGGACAUCCAGGUGACGGUGGAGCAGCAGGGCUACUCAGAUCUGAUCCUCUGGGUGAACCCGUACGAGCCCAUCAAGAAGGUCAAGGAGAGAAUCCGCCGGAGCCGAGGCUGCUCGGGCCUGCCCCGCCUCUCCUUCCAGGAGCGCGGCAGCGAGCGGCAGCUGCUCAGCAGCCACUGCUCUUUGGCCUACUAUGGAAUCUUCUGCGACACCCGCGUGUGCCUGCUGGAGACCUUCUCCCCCGAGAUCCAGGUCUUCGUGAAGAGCCCGGAUGGGGACAGCCAGGCCUACGCGGUCCACCCCAAAAGCUUCGUGCUCAGCCUCAAGCAGCAGAUCGAGGACAAACAAGGGUUUCCGAGCAGCCAGCAGCAGCUGGAGUACCAGGGCCAAGUGCUGCAGGACUGGGUGGAUCUGGGGCACUACGGCAUCCAAGACAGCGACACCCUCACCCUCUGCAAGAAGAGAGGGCGAGAGGCUGCACUCCUGCCCUGCUAGCCGCUUUUGGGAGCUCUCUGUGCAUUGCCGCCCUGUGAUGCACCACGCCUUCCCGCUCUCUGCCCAGGAGGCACCGUGUUUUCACGCCUGCUAGGAGAACGCGGGAGAGGCCGGAGACGCUGCACCUGCAAACAGAGCACGCCAGACCCUCUGUGACGACAGAAUCCUGAUCCACACACUUCAGCAGCCACAACCUCGGCAGCAAACUCCACUAGGACCUGGUCAAGACCUUCCAGCUUCUCUGUUUCCCUACCCUACUUUCUUCCCACUGAGGGUCAGCCAAAGACCAGUUAGCUUCCCAAACCAGUCAUGAGGAUGCCCUGUGGUCUGGGGAGAGGCCCUGCAUCCUGCCCACACCAACAAACUCCAACAAGGCAACCCGAAGCCCCCCAGCCCCCUGCCUGCCUCUCAGUCUUGGCCAAAGGCAAGGGCUGGUGGCUGCUCCGUGGUUCUCCCGAGUCAGGAAUAAACAGCCUUGGUUCUCA